AUGGCUUAUUUACGGCAAAAGCCAUUAUCACCUGUGUCUUCCUCAUCUUAUCAAUUUUUAUCAGUAGACGAUCAGAUUAGUGAUCAUAUCAGUGUUUCGUCUAAUUUUGAUGAACCAAUCUAUUACUAUACAAUACGUGAAGGAAAUAUUGAAAAUUUGCCUAUUACUGAUAGUGAACAAAACAAACAGUUACAAUCAUAUCAGUCAUACAAUGAUAUAUCUAUGAAUCAUUAUGGUUGCAAUAAUCGUUUAACACGUAACGUGUCAACAGCGUGGAUGACAUCAUCGUCACGUGAAUCAGACGCAUACCGACCCGAUUCAACAAUUUAUCAAAAUUGUUAUUGUUGCUGUUGCAUUGAUCAUUCACAAAAUCUGAUCAGUACAUUUCAGUGUCAAUCAAAUGAUGUAUGGCAGAUUCGAGAUUCAUACUGUGAGGAAGAAGUGAUAAUUGUUUUAAGUGAUAAUGUGGAACGUAUUGGUUUCUCUAUCAGUAAUAUCAAACGUUGCGCUACAAUUAAUUCAAUUUCACCUGGAAGUCCAGCAAAUAAAGCAGGUCUUCAAAUUGGUGAUCGUAUCAUUGAAAUAAAUGGUUACACAACUGAGGGAAAAAAUUAUGCAUACAUUAUUGAACUUAUCAAUCAGUGUAUCAAAUCACGUGUAAUUCAAUUACGUGUUCGACGCAAACAAGAAGAUUCGAAUGAAGAGAAUUCAUUAAUUAAUUCAAAAAUUGCAAUUUCGGACGCUUUUCUUGCGUCAACCGAUAAACAACAAACAAAUGCAAUUACUGAUACACUAAAAAGGAAUUACCCAGGAAUUCACAUUUAUGAUAUGGAAAUGUUGGCCGAUGGUUCAUUGAAAACAGAUUCAGAAACAAAUGCACAAAAUGAUUUUGGAAAUGAUCAAAUAUGGGAUCGAAUAUCAAAUAGUACCGUAAAUGAUGAUAACGUUAACGUAACCACGUGUACUGCAAAUAAGGAUGAGAAUGAACGAUUAAAAAGUUACGAGAGUGAAUUACGUAAACGACGUGAACUUAAUGAAUAUCGAGAAAAAGAAAAUACAUUUCUUAGGGAAUCAUUGCGAGAUUCUAAAAAAUUAUUAUCACUUGAAAAGAAUAAAACUGUCGAGAAGAAAGAAACAAAAGAAGGAAUAGAAUUAACUAAUGGUACUCAAUCAAAUGGUACCAUAACUGAAAUUUGUUAUGCUAAUAAUGCAUAUAUAGCUGGUGAUACAUUUGAUAAUAAUGAGUCAAUUCCACUUGAACAAGUAAUGUUAUCAAUGAAUCGCGUAGCGGAACACUUAGAGAAACAAGAAGGACGUGAAGACGAGUCAAAGUUAUUACGUGAUUUUUUCACGCAACAACCUAUCCAACAAGCAAUCAAAAGUAAUAGUAUCAGUCAUAUGAAUGCUAAGACUACAGAACCUAAACCUACUACAUCAACUGAUUUAUCAUCUGUUAUCACUGAUUACAACGACUCUAAAAUGCUCCCAGUAACACGAAUUCAGGGUGAUUUGAAAAUUGUUAAAGUUAACAAAAGCAAUGAUACAUAUCUCGGUGCAACAAUACGUAAUGAAGGUGAAAAAGUAAUUAUUGGACGUGUAAUACGUGGUGGUAUAGCGGAAAAAUUAGAUUUACUUAGAGAAGGCGAUGAAAUUAUUGAAGCUAAUGGAAAUGAUUUACGUGGUAAAAAUGUCACCGAAGUUUGUGAAAUUUUGAGAUCAAUAACUGGUGAAUUAUCACUUGUGAUAGCACCAUUAAAUAGAUCAAAUGAUAAAUCUCAAAUGAUAACAUCAACAGAAGUUCGACAUUUUCGAGCACUUUUUGAUUAUGAUCCCGAGGAUGAUAUUUAUGUUCCAUGUAAAGAACUUGCAUUAAAAUUUCAACGUGGUGAUAUUCUUCAUGUGAUUAAUAUGAGUGAUGAAAAUUGGUGGCAAGCUUAUCAUGAUAAUUGUGAUAUUACUAAACGUUCACUUGCUGGCUUAAUACCAUCAAUAUCAUUUCAACGACAGAUUACAUUGUAUGCACGUGAAUUCGACAGAGAAAAUCAAUCAGAAAUUAAUAAACGCAAAAAUUUGUUCGGUUGUAGAAAAGGAAAAAAUUUAAUUAAAGGAUGGCAUAAAAAAGGAAAUGAAGAAUUAAAAUCAUUGGAUGAAUUAAAUGAUGAAAAUGACACAGAAAUUUUAACAUAUGAAGAAGUUACAUUAUAUUUAUCAAAAACAGGACGAAAAAGGCCACUUGUUCUUUGUGGCCCAGAAGGUGUUGGCUGUUUAGAGCUAAGACAACGCUUGGCUGAAUUUGAUAAAGAUAAAUUUGCCAGUGCUAUACCACAUACGACACGUCCAAUGAAAUCAGGUGAAAUUAACGGUGUGCACUAUCAUUUUGUAACAAAAAAUAAUUUUCAAGAAGAUGCAAAAGCGGGUAAAUUCAUUGAAUAUGGUGAAUUUGAAAAGUUUCUCUAUGGUACUUCAUUAGCAUCAAUUCAGGCUGUUAUUGAUCGAGCUAAAAUAUGCUUAUUAACACUUAAAGCUGAGAAUUUGAAUGCAUUACGACGGACGACAUUUAUGCCUUAUGUUGUAUUCAUUGCGCCACCAUCACUGCAACAACUUCGUCGUCAGAAAGAAAUUUUAGGACAACAUGGAAUUAAAGAUGAACAAUUAAAAUUAAUUUUAAAUGAAGGUAAAACUACUGAAAAGCAUUUUGGUCAUUUAUUUGAUCGAAUAAUAGUGAACGUUGAUCUCGAUCGAUCAUUAGAAGAACUUAAAGAAAUUGUUCGACGAUUAGAAAUGGAACCACAAUGGGUGCCAACAUUUUGGCCAAUUAAUCCCACCAAUAUUAUUUCAUCAACAAAAUAUGAUGAAAAAUUAAUAUAUUAG